AUGUCGUCCACCACCGCUUCCUCCGCAAAGGCCGCUUCUUGGACGUUCUCCAAGCCCGAGCAGAACAGCGCUGUAGCACCUGCUUUCUAUCAGACGUCGCCUCCUCCCCACUGGUCCAAUGUUCCCAAGCCAUCAAGGAGUGAUGCUAUACUAGACGUAACACGUAGAAAGUUCAAGUCUCCCUGGCCGUCCGCAGCGUCGCAUGGUGUACUUGGCUUCCUCCGUGCGCGACUCUUCGAUUGGGACGAGCCGCCCCUGCCUCCGAAAACUGCCGCCUCCGCUGGCGAUGCCAUCCUCCCACCCGUCAACAAACCCACUUGGGUGCCUCCCACCAGCACUGGCGCUGACGACGAGAACAUCACCUUCACCUGGCUCGGUCACGCUAUCUGCCACCUCCAGAUCCCGAUCGGCAACGGCAAAAAGGUCACCAUCCUCUGCGACCCCGUUCUCUCCCGACGUGUCUCCCCUGUACAAUGGUUCGGUCCCGAACGGUACACCGAUGCACCCGUGACCGUCGAGGAGAUCGCACACGCUACCGAAGCAGAAGGCAAAAACGCAUGGCCUGACCUGCUCGUCCUCUCGCACAACCACUACGACCAUACCGACUACACCACCAUCCAGAAGCUCCUCAACCCUGCCUCCCCCGGCGUCAAGCGACCACAUGUGUUCUGUACGCUCGGUACCAAGCAGUGGUUCCAAUCCAAUUUCGCGCUGACCGACGCCGAAGUGACCGAGUGCGAUUGGUGGCAGCAGAGCACGGUCUCACUUGGUGGGGAGGCGGUGCUUCAACUCACCUGUGUACCUGCACAGCACUUUUCGGGUCGCAGCAUCAACGAUCGUGAUCGCACGCUGUGGGCGGGCUGGACGUUCCAUGCAGUCUCGGAAGCUUCCCACAAGGCGAGGGUCUACUUUGCUGGCGACACAGGUUACCGCAGUGUACCGAGGGGGAUGCCCAAGGAGCAGGAGGACACGUUGCCGACCUGUCCUGCCUUCAAAGAGAUCGGCGAAGCGUUGGGGCCGUUUGACGUUUCGUUGAUACCAAUUGGGGCGUAUCUACCCCGAAACGUCAUGUCGACCGUUCACCUCGCCCCGCACGAUUCGGUGCUUGUGCAUCGCGAUGUGAAGAGCAGGCGGUCGUACGGUAUUCAUUGGGGAAGUUUCCGAUUGACACCGGAAGACGUCAACGAGCCACCCAAGCUGCUGGUCGAAGAGGCGAAGCGGCAGGGGAUCGAUCCGAACGAAUUUGCGACCAUCGAGAUCGGGCAGAGCGUGUCAAUCCCCGUUGCUUCGCCGUCGGCCGCAUCCACCGCUCCCGCCUCCGAAGCGAAGGAGCACCCGGUCAAGGAAAGCGAGGAGGCACUACCCGAGUCCAAGCUCGGCACGAAGCAGCACUGGGACGACGUCUACGCGCGCGAGGUGACCAACUUCAACGAGAUUGGCGAAGAGGGCGAGGUGUGGUUUGGCGAAGACGCCGUGAUGCGCAUGAUCCGCUUUCUCGAAUCGUACUACACCGAAACCGUUGCUGGAACCUUUUCUUCUUCGGACGCCUCCACGUCCCCAACAGUGCUGGAUUUGGGCACGGGCAACGGUCAUCUGUUGUUCGAAAUGCUCGAGUCGUCAGCGGAACUAGAAGACGUGAUGACAGCGGCGCGGUUGGUGGGGAUCGACUACUCGCCUGCGUCGAUCGAGCUCGCGCGUUCCAUUGCGGCCAAGCGCGGUGGCGAUUGCGAGCGGGUUCACUUUUCCACCGCUGACCUCCUGGACUCUGACUCGGUGCAAAACCUGUACACUCUACCCAAGACCCAGUUGGACGCAGAGGAAGGAUGGGACCUCGUAUGCGAUAAGGGCACCCUCGACGCCAUCGCGCUCUCGUCCCAGCCGGUCAACGGCGCGCUGCCAAUCGACCUCUACUCGAACGCCGUACACACUCUGGUGAAGAAGGGAGGAAUUUUCUUGAUCACCUCUUGCAACUUUACCGAACAAGAACUCGCCACCCGCUUCACCUCCAGAGACUUUGAGGUCGAACAAGUGCUUCCCACGCCUUCGUUCACAUUUGGCGGUGCCAAAGGUUCCACCACCACUUCCAUCGCCUUCAAGAGAGUCUAA